AUCUUGGGCCAGGCGAAUUCCAUGUUCUGCAACUUAUAAAGUCCUGUGCUCUUUUAAUGUACCUCCACUGAAAUCGUCACAAAUCACGGUCCCCAAGACACCCGCAAACUGGAGGCCUCUACGACUCUUACAAGCUCUGCCUUGGACAGCAAGAUGGACUACCCAAUGCCAAUUGGCGUCCACGCCGUUCCUGAACAUCUACUGGACCUCCGAUCUGAUGAUGAGAUAGAUCGUGAUCUGAUGAACCCUCCACCGGUGCGAGAUGAGAAAAACGUCUGGUUCUUCUGGCACUCCGGCUUCGCAAAUAUGCAUCCAUACACGCAGAGAAAUAUCCGCGCGUGGCACCGGCGAUUCUCUCGACGAGGGUGGGUGGUCCGAGUGAUGGAUCGUGCGACUUCGUCUCCCCUCAACAUUGCCAAAUUCCUCGAUGUGGCAGACCCACGCACUUUCCCGCAAUCUUUCAUUGACGGCACGAUCGGCGGCGACUACGCUCCACAACACACUUCUGACCUUGUCCGGUUUCCACUCCUCCUCAAAUACGGCGGAGUAUACGCAGACGUGGGUAUGAUCCAAAUUGGCGACCUCGACCGGCUGUGGAACGAGACCGUGGGAAAUCCGGCCUCAACAUACGAGGUCCUGUCGUAUGCCAUGGGUGGACCGGAGACACGCGGCUUGGCCAACUACUUUCUCGCCUCGCGUCGAGACAAUGCAUUUUUCACACGCUGCCACAAGCUGCUGCUUGCGUUGUGGGCGGCGGACGGAGGCAAAGCGGAUACGGACGGAAUGCACAGCAGCCCGCUCUUGAAAGGUGUCCCUCUGCUGGGAGCAAACGACAAUAUGAGUUUCGAGGAGAAUGGCAAGUUCUAUGGUCCAGAGGAGGUGGCCAAGCUUCUCAGCGAUUACAUCACUCAAGGACAAGUCAUCACAAUGGUGAUGGGCUUGGUUGACGAAGAGGAUGGCUGGAAUGGACCGGAGUAUGUGGUGAAGCACAUCUACCACAUCCAGUUCAUGGUGGGGUCUCAGUACAUCAACCACUUCACCAACUGGGACGGGAACCGGGCGUUCGAGCUGAUGUCAUUGCCGUUGCCCAAGGCUGGCGAGACGGAAAAUGACGAUCAAGCCAAAGCCCGAGAGAUCGUCGAGGCGUGUCUCAGUCAGAGCUUCGGGUUCAAGCUGGCGCAUGGGUUGAUUUUGAGAGUCAUCGGGCACACACUGGGGUCGUUGUGGCGGAAACAUACCGGCUCCGAUGAUGUGCCUGGGACGUAUGCCCAUUGGCUGCGACAUGGAACGAAGUAUUGGAAUCAGGACGACAUUCCCCCUCCUUUGGAACUGGAAGUGUUGCCGCCUUUUAAAGUGGGACGCUUGUUGGAAGCAUGAUGCAAGUUUGCGGAGAAAGAAUACAGAUAGACAUUUGAAAGAGUGAUGUAUCAACAGAUGUAUGCGCGCG